AUGUGGUCCUCAGACGAAUCUGACUCUGACUACGACUUCGGCGGCACCUGGAAUGACUUGAACGGCACCUGGGAUGACUACAACUGCACCUGGGGUGACUAUGGCUCUGACUACGACGACUAUGACUACGAAGGGUCGUUUCCACUAGACUUCCUUCCUUUCCGCAACCUUUGCAAGGUUGCGAUUGGCUAUCUCGAUACCCAGAAAGAGUACCCUCUAUACGAUGCGACAACGAUCGAGUUCAUUGCCAUUGCCGAAGCUGCUACCUCCGCUACGGCCUGGGUUUAUGAGCUAAAAUUCCAUAAAUUCCUCGAUCUGCCACCCGAGCUACGCCUGAAUGUGUAUACUCAUCUGUUGAAGGCUGCGCACAGCUGCCAGGAGCUAGCGAAACAUCUGCACGUCGCCGGCAACGAGCUACCCACGGCGAAGUAUGCGCCCUGGCUUCCUGAUCUCGCCUUCACGAACAAGCAGGUACUGGGAGAAGUCACCAUAUGCAUGCUCUCGACAACGAAAUGGUUCGACUUCAAGUACGAGGAACACAAGCCUUUCAAGAUCGUCCGUUGGUUCACAGACUUCCUCUCCACUUUCCCCACUGUCAUGGUCGACGGCGUGGCUACCACCGAAGCUUUUGCAGCUAUCAAGUGUAUCUGUUUCCCACACGAGUCCAAGUAUAACGAACAUCGAAUCGGGCGUGUCGUCGACGAAAAGAAUCCCGACGUCACACUCAUGCUGAAGUGCACAAACCUAGACACUAUCGCGAUGGUGUUCAACUUCCGCCAGCUUAUCAAAACUCCGUGGGCCCCACAACCGCGAGAUCUGGAAGACUUCCUGGACUUCUUCCAUUUCGAGCCGAUGCUUGAACACAACAGCGUUAAUAACGUGUAUCUCGAGGGGGUCUACCCAAGGGAAGGGGAGGGGCAGACCAUGACCUGCUUGUACGAGUUUGGCAAGUGGCUCAUCAAGGGUUUCAGGAAGCGGGGUCGGGAGGUAAGUGUUCAUGUACACAAGAGGUGCGGAGUAUUCGUAAGGAGGAGUGUGGGGCCAAAGCUUGUGGUAGACGAGGAAUCAGCAUAG